AUGGCUGAUGAAGGGCCUGAAUCGGGUGAAGAAGGGCGCCUUCGUGUCCGUAGGACACGAUCGCGGCUGGUGUGGCCUGAUGACGGACUGUUGGCUUCGGCUUUCGAGGAGGACAACGGCAUUCGGACUUUGUACCGAGAGAACCGGGGCCAUCUACUUCGGUGGCCUUCGCCAGAGCUGGUAGGUGUUGCUAGCAUGAAGGCAUUGGCCCUGAAUGUUCAAGUACUUGCCAUUGCACUACGCAUCUGGGGCCAAGUGACUCCUGUACCUAAAGGUAUGUCGGUGGAUUGGCUGAAGAAGGAUGUGACAAAGCUUCACGAGAUGCUGAGUGUCGGUGGCAAAGGGAAGACAGUGCCUGUUUAUGUCGAUAGCUGGGGCAUCAAGCGGUUGGCCACUUUGGCUAUGCGCCGCUGGAAGUCCCCAAUCGCAAAGUUACGAGAUUCAUCGUUGCACGUCUUAUUCGACAUAAUGACGCAAGCCUGGGGUGAGGAGGCUGCAGAACCCGAGCCCGAGAAUGAUGGUGAUGAUGAUGUGAUUGCCGAGGAGGAUGCUUACCCAGCUGCCGAAGGUGGUAGCGGGGUUGCAGAAGCACCGGCUGCAGCAGCUGAGGAUACCUUAGAUGCAGAGAUUCAGGCCACGCAGCAGCAGCUGCAAAUUCUGGAGAAACUUGUCUUUAAAAUAUUGGCUGCACCGCAACUUUAG